CGCUUAGUUUUUGCACCACUUUGACGUCUUUGUCGGACCAAGUGAGUUUUUUUGAGUUUUCGGCCAUCUUCAGCAGCAGUCGAUUUGUUGAUGUGCUCAGUGUUUUCAGUGUCAGCUCUCUACUGUUUGAUUCACUCUUUAAAUGCGAAAGUGACGCGCGCGCGUGUAUUCUCCUCCCCUUCACAUCUGGCAUUAUAGCCUACAGAUUUCAUUAAAAUGUUUGCAGUUUAAAUAAAACACGGAUAUGGCCUUAUUAUGAUUUUUAUAUAGGGCAAUAGCCUAUUAUGAUUUGAUAACUCAUGUUUCAACAACAUAAAAGUAAUUGAUCCGAUGUAAUUCAGAUGCGCAUGACUUCCUUUUUACACUUCGAUUCAUCCGUCCUCGUUUCUUUUUCUUUCGUUCCAUCAGGGAGGAGCUAAAAAAUCAAAUAAGGAAAGAAAAAAGAAAAAAAAUCGAUGCAGCAUUUCAGACAUGAAAGUGCUCAUUGCUUGUGUCAAUUUCAGUGAACGUGAUAGUGAUAUAAUUCAAUCUUCUUCUGCGACCUGCACAAUCUCAAGUUUGCAGAGAACACCACCCUGGUUGGUUCACCUGGUUUCAAACAGAGAAGAGUAUAAGAGAUAAUAAGAUUGGAUUUGUGAACAUGGAAAGUAACGAGCCUGCACACCUGGAAGUUAGUUUGUAUUUGGUAGUAUUUGGAAUACUGACAUUACUUGUGACAGUAUUAUCUGUGUUUAAUGGUCUGAAUUGCUGCCGAAAGAGAAAACGCCACAGAAAUGAACCAAAGGAAUAUCCUCUUGAGUCAGUGAGGAUGGACAGUAAUAAGAAGCAAAAAGAAUAUCUGCUGACAGAAGAAACUGAUGGAGAACAUGAAUUUAGGACCAGAACCACACAAAGCAGUCAGUGUGAAGAUGAAGCCUUCUCACCUAGAAGUUCAAGUGGAGACACAGAACAUGAGAAAAAAAAGCAAGAUGAGAUGAAAAGUAAACAAGUGGAAUGGAAGAAACAGAAACAAGAGGAAAAACUGAGAAGAGAAGAAGCGGAGAGACAGAAACUAGAGGAAAGACUGAGAAGAGAAGAAGAGGAGAGACAGAAACUAGAGGAAAGAGUGAGAAGACAAGAAGAGGAAAGACAGAAACUAGAGGAAAGAGUGAGAAGAGAAGAAGAGGAGAGACAGAAACUAGAGGAAAAACUGAGAAGAGAAGAAGAAGAGAGACAGAAACUAGAGGAAAGAGUGAGAAGAGAAGAAAAGGAGAGACAGAAACAAGAGGAAAGACUGGAAAGAGAAGAAGAGGAGAGACAGAAACAAGAGGAAAAUCUGAGAACAGAAGAAGAGGAGAGACAGAAACUAGAGGAAAAACUGAGAAGAGAAGAAAUGGAGAGACAGAAACUAGAAGAAAAAUUGAGAAGAGAAGAAGAGGAGAGACAGAAACAAAAGGAAAAACUGAGAAGAGAAGAAAAGGAGAGACAGAAACAAGAGGAAAAACUGAGACAAGAAAAAAAGGAGAGACAGAAACUAGAAGAAAAACUGAGAAGAGAAGAAGAGGAGAGACAGAAACUAGAGGAAAAACUGAGACGAGAAGAAAAGGAGAGACAGAAACUAGAAGAAAAACUGAGAAGAGAAGAAGAGGAGAGACAGAAACUAGAGGAAAAACUGAGACGAGAAGAAAAGGAGAGACAGAAACUAGAGGAAAAACUGGGAAGAACAGAAGUGCAAAAACCAAAAGGAAACAUUGGGUUAAGAAAUCAAGGGGCCACAUGCUAUCUGAACUCAGUGCUGCAGACACUUUUCAUGACAGAAGAUUUCAGAAAUACUGUGGAAAGGUUGUUCAAACCAAUUGAUGUUCACAUUGCACAAUUAUUUAUGGAUCUAAAGUCUGGAAAGAGAAACGUUGCCACCACUGAGAGAAUCACACCUGAACUUGAAAUUAAUGUUUACGAGCAGCAGGAUGCUGCAGAAUAUUUCCAGAAGAUAAUGAACAUGGUGAAUCCAGAGAUGGCUAAGGUAUACCAGGGAGUGUUUGAGCACAAAACCAUGUGUAAAAAUCCAGGAAAAGAGCAUCCUCUUGUGACGCGUCAUGAACCUUUUUACAUCAUUCCCAUCUGUAUGGAAACGUAUGGCACGGAUUCUCCCAUAAACAUGCAAAGCUGUUUUGACUCGUAUUUUGAACCCAUCAAGACAUGUGAGGAGGAUCAAGUGAAAUGCCCAACUUGCAAAGAGAUGGUGAACACGGAAAUAAAGUGUGAUAUACAUAAACUUCCUCCAGUUCUGGUUGUGCAGCUGGAGAGAUUUCAACUGGAUUAUUACACCAUGAGGUACAAGAAGAACAAGUCUACGGUGGAAAUUCAGUUCCAGUUAUCAGUGAAAGAUGACAGUGGAGCUCAACACCAGUAUGAUUUGUAUGCUGUUGUGAAACAUAUUGGAUCCUUCGUUGGUGGACAUUAUUAUGCUGUCAUCAAGUCAUUUGAGGAUCAUCAGUGGUAUGAGUUUAACGACAGCUCUGUACGCAAGAUACCUGAUUUAAAAAAAACCUUCCGCUGUAAUGAGGCCUACUUUCUUCUGUACAAAAAAAGAUCACAUGAGUCAGCUGCAAUUCCCAACAAAUGUGAUAAUCUAGAUGGUGCUCAACAUCCAAUGAAACAUUCUGAAUCUAUACCACAAACUGUGUCAAAAGAGGGAAUAAAGCAAAAGCCUGAUGACAGUGACAAACAAUCAAGAAAUGAGACACAAACUAUAUCCUGCCCUGAUCUUCACCCUACACUAAAUGUUCUUCAUGAUCAGAGAAUCAGUCAGAAGAUGAGAAUAAUGAGACUGAUGGAACAGCAAACACCCAACAAACAACAUCAGAUGAAUCUAAAUCUGCAUCACAAUUUGUGCCAGAACAGGAAAUUAAGCAAAAAACAGAUGAAUGUGCAAAACAGACAAGCAACGAGACAGGAGAAGAUGGGUCUGGAUCUGACCCUGAUCCUCAACCUGCAGUAA